AUGAGUCCUCGUUUGAUAUUGAAAAUGAAUGAAAGAAAGUCUAAUUCCAAAAGGUGGCAAUCAUUCUAUGACUCAAUCAUUGAAUUUAAACGUCCCAUAAUUAAAGAGAUGUCAAUUCAAAGUAAAGAAUAUCUAAAGGAAUAAUCAAGUAGUCUCUCAGACUAAAGGAAGAACCACCAAAGAAAAAACUUAAGUUAUCUUUUUUAAAGAAGAUAGAAAAGGCUCUUAAUCCAAAAGAUCCUCCUUCUGAAACUCCUACUACUCUAAAUGCUCCAUCCUUUUUAUAACCUAUAUAAUAAUAAUAAUAAAGAGAGAAAUAGCCCUCCUCACUCUCUGUUCCUGAGGAAAGGAAGAACUCUUUUUCAAGUCCUACAGCUCUAUUUGCAAAGUUGUUUGGUAGAUUAAAUCUUAGGAGAGUAUCAAAUAUUGAAGUAAAAAAUGAUUAAUUUGAAUCACAAGAGCAAAGUUUCAGAGAAAACUCUGAAAUUCUGA